CUUCUUACAGGAAGCGGUAGUUUGGUGUUAGUAACUCCUAGAAGCAGCCUCCUGGGCUCCUGCUGGUCCCCCCCGUGCUGCCAGGCUGGUGAGGAGGUGGUGGCCGGGUACCAGCCGGGGCGGGAUGCUGGGGCGGCUGCGGGGACCGGUGGCUCGGCUGGUCCUGUGCCCUGCCAGAGCUGCUGGUAACAAAGCGAAGGGCGCUCGGGACGUGGCUUUGCAGACAGCUAACCCAGGUUACAAAGCUUUCAAAAAUGACAGAAGCCCUACGAAUUUUGAUAAAAAGGUGUUAGUAUGGGCAGGACGGUUUAAAAAGGAGGAGGACAUUCCCAAGCACAUCUCGUCUGAGGUCCUCGACGCAGCAAGGAGCAGUGUGAGGAUAAAGGUUUGCUACAUCAUGAUUGCACUGACCUUGCUGGGCUGUUUGGCCAUGGUAAUCACAGGCAAAGAAGCUGCUAAAAGGGAUCACACGCUGCUGAGGAUGAACAUAGAAAAGAAGGCCAAAUGGAAGGCUGAAGUGGAGAAAGAUCAGGAGGCAGCUCUUGGGAAGUCACAAUGAUUGGGAACAGAUUUAUUUUAACAGCAGGAGAAAAGCGGUUUGCACAUGCGGCAUAUGUACCUGUCUUCAUUUAAGUCUUCGGAGGUUUUUCACUGAAACUCUCUCAGGGCAAAGACUUCACUGCUUAAAAACUGCUCCACACCGACUGGGAAACUCCUAUGGAAAUUCCAACAGCUGCUUUCUGUGGCCUCCGGUCUUUGGCACUGGGUUCAGCUGAAAUACAGAAAUCUCUUCUAAACUGCAAAGCAUGGGAAAGACGAAUGCAGGACUUCCUAGCUCAGGAUCAGCUUUUUGUGGUGCUGCUGAUGCUCCGUGUGGCCGUGGGCUGUGUCCUCCACCCCAGGAAGGAUGUGGCCCCACACCAGAGAGCAUGCCAUUCUGUGCGAUGCUUCUAGGGCAAACAGCUUUGGCCAAAGUGACCUAGGGCAGGGGGAAAAGGAGUCUGAAGUAUGUUUUGCAGCCACAAAGAGAUCAAUUACCUCUGAGCCUGCUGCCAUUGCUGUGCCCCCUCCCUCCCCAGAGCCUUGCAGGAUCCCAUGGCCAGGGAGAGGGGGGGACACAUGCAUGAAGAGGGGCUGGGAAGAUGGAGGAGUGUGAGCAGACCCUGAUGAGUGAUUUGGGCCAAAAGGGCUUUGGGGCCAGAGGAGAUGGCAAUGAUGUGGAGUGGUAUAGUGGGCACAUGGAGUGAUUUGGUUGCUGGGGGGCAGCCCGGGGAACCCAUGUCUGAUGCAGGGAACCUGGUCUGGAGGCACCUCUUGUCCUGUUGCACCUCACAGGUUUUGCUUUUUCAUCUUCUGCUUCUAAUCAUUGUCAUGAAAGUUGUCUGGCACUUGCUUAGUUGUGAUUUUAGUCAGGAGUAAUUCUUAAUUCAUGGUUUGCUAAAACUGGUUUCUUUUUAAUCAUCAUAGUUCAUUAAUUCAUAAUAAAACAGCUGUCCAAUUACAUCUAAAACAAACACAUCUCUUCACAGCUUCAUUUAAAGUGUCACCAAACUCUCCGGCUUGAUGUUUAACAGAUGGGAGAGAUCCUAAUGAAAUAUUGAAAGUUACAUUUUCAUGAAGUGAUUAAACAUCAAGACAGACCCCAGUUCACAUGUGCGGGUGCUGACGGUCUGAGCCCCUGUUCGUUACCCCUCGGGACCUGUAAGACAGGCUGGUGGAGCUGGGUGCACUGCAUGGGGUGCCAAAGGACAUCGGAGUGAUAAAACCCAGCCUUCUACCCCGGCUCCCACAGGAGAUGGCAAAUGCUGCAACCGUGCCCAGCCAAGGCUUGGCCUUUGCAAGGUUUAUUACUCAGAGCGGUUGCAUUUGUGCUCCGGGGGAGUCUGCAAGCUCGUGCUCAGGUCUCUGAGGUUUGUUGUACCAAAAAUCACAUCCACUUGCUGCUGGUGUGUCCCUACACAAACAAGCUGCUUGCCAGCAGGGGCUGGGGCACUGGCAGGCAGCAGUUUUGGGCUCUGGGACUCCAUCUCCUGCACCUGUGGUUGCUGCACAGCUUUUUCCUUCUGAUGCUUCCUAGGAGUGCUUUUCUCCGCACUGCACUGCACGCCCAUUUAGGAUGAGGAAUGUGUGUGCCAGGGAUGCUACAUCUGUCACAGCUUGGUGUUUGCGGUACUUGUUUCCAACUCACGGCUCCGUGCAAUACAAUUCACCAAAGGUGAUGCCUGCUCCCUGCAGUAUUCCUCACAAAGUGAAUCUCAGGGAAGUGAAAAUGAUGGCGUAGGACAAGCACAGAGUGAACACGUCUCCACUGAGAGGGCAGUUUUGCCUCCACAGGUAAUACGGGCUCUUUCAUUAUACCUGACCUCCUUUUCUUGGUUAGUGCAAUAAACAUCAAGAAUUACCUCAAAGUUAGUGUUCAUUUGGGGAUAAACUAAAACAGCUCUGGUCAGUUGCUUGCAUUAUAUUUUGUUUUAAUUCUCAACUGGCUUUCACAUGACCUUUCUAAGAAGGCACGUGUAACACUUAAAAGAACCCCUUUUGAUGCUCAUAAACAAAUCCACAUCCAUGUUCUUAGCUUCCAUGACUUAAGCAGGAGAUGACCAUAACUGUAUAUAAAGAACAAGAAAAUUAAUUGCAGCUUAUUCCACUCUACUCUGCACUUCCCUCUGCCUGGGG